CAUCUGAGACAACAACCUUUGGUGCAACAGAUUCUCUGGCAGUUUGGUCAUCGUGUGAGGAGACUCGGGCCUGUCGAGAAUCGUAAGCGUUUCAAGUAGCCGCCUGUUGCAGAUCCCGCCCCCAUGCGGGAAACGCCUUGACCUGACGUCGCCCUCGUGAACAGCAAACAAUCUCAAAAACCUGCCCAACAAACCUGUUGUCAACGAUCCAGCCACUGCAGCCUCCAAGACAUUGCAUUGUCCUUUUUUCAUAGCGACGCCAGAGGCUGUCGAGGCAGGCAGAGCUACGAGUCUUUGCCCUGAUUACACUCCGGUUCAAUCAGCGGCGGGCCGUCGACGCUGAUUCAGGCCGCCGCGCAAGAUUCGACGCCCCUCUGAUUGGCAUCACUUUUACAGGCGCUUGUGCUUUGUACCUGAUAAAAGACCUACGACCGUGUCUCCGAACUCCUCGGCGUUCCCUCCCCUCCACUCGGCACCGGUCGUUGCCAGCCUCACUACGGUCAUGUCGUCCCCAGUGCCGCUUCUUCGGGCCCCCGUCCCUGGUGGACGGAGUCAAAGCGGUACCCGAACCCCUCGACUGACACUUGGAAUCCCUCCAUCACCGAACGCAAGACCAGUGACCAGCGAGGGCGAAUCGACAAGUGAAAUCCCACGGUUCAGCCUGGCUGCGAAGGGUCCGCCAAAGUUAUCACUCGCUACGCCGAUGGGAAGCCAAGGGUCCAUUCAAGAAGGUGGAACAAACCUGAGACCACAGAUACAGCCACUGAACAUCAGUGCUGUCAACAACAAUGAUGGCGGGAGUCGGCCAAGAGGAGACAGUUUCCACAACGCAAGUGUACCAGGCUCGGCCUCAUCAUCUACAUACUCAGCCCUGUCCUUCGCCAUGCAGGGAAGGACAGGCAGUACACCGGAUCCAUCCUCUGCCAUCAGUUCUAUCUACUCCGAGGCUAGCAUAGGCGGCACCUCCAUGGAACGCGAGUCGAGCAUGGGUGGGUUGUCAAUCGAUUUCGAGAAACUCAGCAUUGAGAAAGGGAGACCACUGGAUGUUGAGGAUCUGGACGAUGAAGGAUGGGGAGCAGCAAGUGAUCAGAAAAAAAUCAUUGAGCUUGGCUCGCUGGGUGAGGGUGCAGGUGGUGCAGUCACUCGAUGUAAGCUCGAAGGUGGAAAGACAAUAUUCGCACUCAAGAUCAUCACAACAAGCCCAGAUCCGGAUGUUAAGAAACAAAUCCUGCGAGAGCUGAAAUUCAACAAGAACUGUACUUCGGAAUAUAUUUGCCAGUACUACGGUGCGUUCAUGGACAAAUCGUCGAGUACGAUAUCCAUAGCCAUGGAGUUCUGCGAAGGCGGAAGCCUCGACAGUGUCUACCGUGAGGUGAAAAAGCUUGGAGGUAGGACCGGUGAGAAGGUGCUUGGAAAGAUCGCCGAGGGUGUUCUACACGGCCUCACAUAUCUCAACAGCAGAAAGAUCAUACAUAGAGACAUCAAACCAUCAAAUAUACUGCUCUGCCGCAAUGGCCAGGUCAAACUCUGCGACUUUGGCGUCAGUGGUGAAUUUGGCACGAAAGGAGAUGCCAACACCUUUAUCGGCACGUCGUACUAUAUGGCCCCAGAACGGAUACAAGGGCAAUCUUACACCAUCACAUCCGACGUGUGGUCACUCGGUGUGACGCUACUCGAGGUGGCACAACACCGAUUUCCAUUCCCGGCCGACGGCACCGAAAUGCAACCUCGGGCGGGUCUGAUCGACCUGCUCACGUACAUUGUCGCCCAACCCAUACCGAAGUUAAAGGACGAGCCUGAAAACGGCAUCAAGUGGUCCGACAUGUUCAAAUACUUUAUCGAAUGUUGUCUGGAGAAGGAUCCGAAUAGAAGAGCGACACCCUGGAGAAUGUUGGAGCAUCCUUGGAUGGUCGAGAUGAAGGCCAAAAAAGUCAGCAUGUCGACAUUCCUCUCACAGGUCUGGGACUGGAAAGAUUGAAGGUUCCCGGAGGGUAUUUGGUGGCAACGAUUUGACUUCUUUCGAACGAAAGGCGCCCUGCGUGUGUAGCAGUACGGCUGUGGCAUGGAUGCACACAUCGAAGCUGGCCGACAGGAUCGACAGAGAUUUAAUAUGGGGGGGGAUUACUUCGACAGAGAGUUCACUUUCGAACAGAGUGAGCUAAUGAGGGGAUGUCCAGAGGGGGAGGAAACUGGGGGAGCAUGUUUGCAAAUGACCACACCCGGGUUUCAAAAGUAGCUGGGAGCUCGCUAUUGGACUCCUGGAGGUAUGAGAAGAUUCAUGAAAAACUUUGACUACUAGGUAGCUUGGCCCUGUGGCAGCUUUUUGGAACCGAACGGGCUGAAGGGGCUAUAGCUACAUCCUGUGCUAUGGGGAGUAAUGGGCCCAUGAAUGGUGUACGUAUGGACGUUUGGUACGGUAUGGAUAAUGACAAGCAAAGAGACAGUAGUGAUUGGCAAGGGCAUGUUUCUUUUAUUUUUAAACAAAAAUAGCG